AUUGUUGAAGAGCGAUUGGCUGCGCAUUUAAAUCGCACACUUCCGUUUUGGUGUCGUUUCUGAUUCAUAAGGAGAGCUUCUUUGUCAUAUAUUUUUAUGUAAUAAAUUGGCGAAUUAUCAUGGAAAAUAACACUUCCGAGUCGAAAUCUGUCCUUUGCACAUUGCUGGAUAAAGACGAUCAGUCUCAGUAUGUGUUUUUUACGCAAAAGAAACCAGAAGGGGGCACAAACAUAGGAUUUACCAAUGGUGAAGGUGUGUGGAAAACACACUUUUCAGAAGAGAACCUGAAGCUUAUGAAGACAUUUUCACUAAAGUCCACAGAGGAUUAUUCUCUUAAACUCAAAUGUGCAUGUAAGACUGGCAGAGCAUUCCUGAAACUGCAGCAGGACAGUGCAGUGCUGCAUUUAGGACCUGAGCCCACAGACCCGAGUCUGACUCUGUCAAAACUCACCGACUCAGAGGGAAGAACAGAAGUCAAAGACCUGCUGUUUAUAAUGGCCGAUAGCCUGACACAGCAAGACAACAGAGGCAUUUCUUCAUUUAGUCCAACCAAGAGCCUUCAGAAAAGAGGCACUGAAUUUGAACUUAGAAAUCAGCUAAAGGGUCCAAGUAUAGCAGUCAGAAAACGUCUUCCUGGGGAUUCUCUUAUCAACCCAGGAACAAGGAGGAAGAAAACUGCGACCGGCGUGGCCUUUGAUGAAGACGAUUAAUAAUCUUAAAAAAACCUUGACUUACAAUUUUAGAAAUCAAUCAUGAAGUCUCUUUUUAACUUACACAACACUAUCUCCUAAUGUCAUAGUUUUUUAUAUAGAUAGCAAAUCACACCAUGAACUCUGCCAUCAAGCAUCUAUUUAAGGUUUUACUGGACGACAUAUAUUUUUUAAUUAUACGUGUAUAAUUUUGUGUUACCAUAUGGUACUUUUAAUAAAAAUGUUUUAAAAUAAGUGUUCCCUGAAAAAGCUGUGUCAAACGUGUGGAAAAAACAAGUCUCUAAAUCAAUUGAACCAUUUAUGGAAUUAUUCUCUUUUCUCCCUGGUAAUAUUAAAAACAUCAGGUUACCCCAGUUAGCACAAGAGAAUGGAGACAAUACAAGUAAUUGAAAACAAGCUUUAAAGGUCCAGUCAAUCUUGUUACAAGGAAGUCCAUCAAAACAAAGGUAUUACUGAAUGAAAAACGUUCAUAAAUAUAGAAUCAUAUUCACAUGUACUGAAUUUACAUUCCAAAGCACUGUAAAGAUCAAACAAAUUACCCCACCCUGUUAUCCAAACAAGAUCAAGUCAAUGCUAUUUUUAAUGAUACAGAAUCACACGAUUGCUGGUGUCUUAAAUCACUGCACAUGUCUAUUUCCAGUAAAGCAGCUUGUUCUCAUCUUUAGUUAGGCUGUUGAGGUUUUCUGUUUAAUAAUCUGGUAGGUCAGUUUCCACAUAGCCAUAAUCAUGUUACAUGUUCAAAUGUUUCCCUUUGGUCAUCAUAUGUCAAAACCGCACCGAGGGCAUUUUUAUGUCAAUCCUCUUUGAGGAGUUAAAAAUAGUAAGCAUAUGCCGCAAUGUCAGAAAAAUAAGACACCAUUUAAGUACUAAGUGCUGACCACUGUGCAAGAUUCAGAGACUAUACACAGUUAGACUGUCACCAAGCAAAAGGACUUAACAUUUCUAUACAUCAAUGACAUAAAUGAACACAAUCCUGGAUUCAGAAGCAUAAUCAUUCCAAUUUAGCGAUAUAAUCCACUGGUUUUAGGGCAAAAUAAAUUACAUUACAGUGCAAAACUGAAUGACAACUUAAACGUAAACCAUCUGCCGUUCAAUAUUCAUUUAACAUAUUGGGCUAAAUAUAAUAAUAAAGAGCAAUGACCUGAUUUCUGUCUAUCUGUAAUAACAGUGACUCGAAGUUCACCUUUGGCUUCACAGUGAUAGCGUGACACUUAUAAUGGACACUUCUACUGACAUCUGGUACAGUAUAUGCGGAGAGUUUCGGCUGACAUCUGGUGAUGUUCCGUUUCUAAGCAUUAGCGAUAACACGGAUAAAACUUUUACCAAGACAGACACUGGCAUUAAAUACAGUGUUUAAACAAAAUUAAUUAUUAAAACAAGUGAGAAACCCCUGGUUCAGGAUACAUAUAUCAGCACAAAACACUUUUAUGCCGCGUACAUUCAACAACAGAUCAUAAACAUCCAGCUUCUCUAUUUUAGGGCUGGUUCGGUCCAGUUAAGACGUUAGUUACAAGUCAUUCGCUAAGAAUGUCCAAUGUAAGAACUUCCACGAAGGUGCACGGAUACAUUUGCAUUCUUCAACAAUUCAAAAGAACAAGACAUCUUUUCGAAACAUUUAAGCAUAGUAAAAUUUCUUCAACCCACAACACGACAGGCUUGUCUUUAAUGCAUGCUGUCAAUGCAAGUACAAAUAAACAAGUUAGGUCCAAGAAAAAUAUAUGUAUACAGUAGUUGCAAUGGUUUCAACUCAAGGUUAGGAUAAACAGUCUUAAAAAAAAAAAAAACUGCAAAGGUUGAACCCA